AUGGUAUCGAUCAUGACCCUAGUGCUCUUUGUUAGCUCUGGAUCCGCACGUGCCGCCACUCUUAUCGUAUCCAACCAGAUGCAGAGACGUGCUAAUGUUCCCGUCUUCGUGACGUGCCAGGGCUCAAUUCCUAGGAUGUCUAAACCCAUACCUUUGGGUCAAGUCUCGUUGAUAAAGAUCCCAACCACUAGCGGAAAAAAUGCGACUGAUGAUAUCCCACCCACCGCUGAAAAAAACGAUAAACCGGCGAGACCUAGAGUGUCGCAGCGGACGUCUUGCGAAGGAACGUUUUGGGGUGAAGCACAAUUCGUGCCCUCUUUGAGGAUGUACCGUUUGUACGAUUCGGACACUGAUUCUGCGGUGCGUUUCGUUGUUGCAAAAGAUGAUUGGUUUUACUGUUGGAACAAUGACAAGAAUUAUUGGCACAAGUGUCCUAUGAUCAUUUUCAUCUAA